AUGGAAGUUAACAGACCAGCUCAAAAGAAGCAAGCAUCUCGUAAGGGUAGAAAAGCCUGGAGAAAAAACAUCGACAUCGAUGAUGUUGAAAUCGGUUUAGAAGAGAAAAGAGACCAAAUCCGUACAUUAGGUGAAGAAGCUGAUAAAAUUGAUUCAAACCAGUUAUUCUCCAUUGAUACUGCUGGUGAUGAAAAAUUAAACAAAAAGGCCGUUAAACCUUACAAGGUUUUAAAAUCUGCUGAAAUUUUAGCACAAAGAUCAAAAGCUCCAGGAUUUAGUAAUCCUCAUAAAAAGAGUGAUAACAAGAUUGAUGGUGUUAAGAAGAAGGAAAUUCAUAGAUUAAUGAAACUUGCAGGUAGAGUGCAAGGUGAAACUUCAAGCAAUACUAUUGUGGAAAAAGAUGGAUUAAUAAAUACAAAUGCUUAUGAUGUUUGGGAUGAACCAGAAGUUGAAAAUGAUCCAAAACCAGAAAUUUUGAAGAAAUUCAGUUCAAAUGGUUGGACAAAGGCUAAAGUUGCUCCAAGUACAUUGAAAGAAGCACCAAUCUCAGUGCAGGAAGUUGAAAAAUUACCAAACGCUGGUAAAUCUUAUAAUCCAUCCUUAGAAUCUUGGAAAUCAUUGAUCAAUAAAGAAUACAAAACUACCAAGGAAAGAGAUGAUAAAAAACAAGAAUUGGAAGCACAAAGAGACAGAGUUAAGACAUUACUUUUGACAAUGGACCAAAAAGAAGAGGAAGAAAGUGAUGACGAUGACGAAGAAGAAGAGGAGGAAGAAGAGGAAGAAGAUGAUUCAUUAUCAUUAUCUGUUAAUAAGCCUGUCGUUUUAAAGAAAAAAACCAAGACUCAAAGAAACAAGCAAAAGAAACAUCAAGAAAGAGAAAAAUUAGAAAAAGAACUAAAAUCAUUAAAGAAACAAAUAACGGAAUUGCAAAAAUUAAAAGUUUAUGAACAAGAGAUUAAUGAAAAAGAACAACAGAUAGAAAAAUUACAACAAAAGGAAAAAAAGAGAAAGCAUAAACUUGGUACUAGACAUCAAAUCAUGGAUGAACAGUUAGAAGUUAAAUUGUCUGAUGAAUUGACUGAUUCCUUAAGAAAGUUAAAAUCAGAAGGUAACUUAUUAUAUGACACCAUGAGAGGAUUACAAAGUAAAGGUCAAGUUGAAACAAGAGUUCCAGUUGGUAAACGUAGAAGAUAUCAACCAAAAGUCACUGAAAAAUGGACUUACAAGGAUUUUAAAUGA